UCGCAUGUAAACCCACCCACACAGAUGCAAAUGGGGGUGAAGCUGCCAGACCGCCGAAAUGGAGAGUGUAGAGUUUGCACUCUACACUACACUGCACUUUAAUUGCAAGCGUUAAUUUCAUUAGCCGAGAGCUGAAUGUGUCUGUGACCCGACCGUUUUUUUUGCACAGAGAGCAGCCUAAAUUGGAACGACGCAAUUGGGGCGUUUUUACGACCACAUUCCAUGACUGAUACGCUUCAAAAUCAAACUUGUCUCCAACGCGCGGGCUCGCGACUCUCCAGUCUCCACCACACACACACACAUACUUGCAGCUGCGGGCGUUUGCGGUUUUUGUUUGUUGAUAUUUUGAUUCAAAUUUAAAAUGCAAAAGAGCCAACAGUCCCCACCUGGAGGAAAACGUCGUCGGCUGACGGAUCCGAAGCAACAGGUGACCCCAUCUGGUGGUUCGGCGGGAGUGCCUACCAAACUGGUGAACAUUCUGAAAGCAUCUCUGGGACCAUCAGGAACCGGAACAGGACCUCCCAGGGGUUCUCCCAUCCUGGCGGAUCCCCUCCGAUCGAUGCACAUACCCAGUGGGAUCACAGUGACCAAACAUCAGAAGAACAACAUGACCGCCAAUGGCAAUCUCACAAUAUCUCUGGCCGAGAAUAACAAUAACAACACAAACAGCUGCAACAACAACGUGAUGGGGAAGCCGGUGAAAAUGGUUGCGGCCCAGAAUGUAGCCUGGUCAGUCAGCAGCAAGGCGCCCAGUUCGAAUGCGGUGAUAACAAGUGUGCCCAGCAAUCAGGUCAAGAUCACUCCCAGUCAGCCGAUCCGUGUAACGACAACCGGCAAAGUUGUUUACGCUGGCACCGGAGCAUUCCCGAAACAGAUGCCCGCGAAAAUAAUAACACCGGUUGGGAUAGGUCAGCAGCAGCAGCAGCAGCAGCAGCAGCAACAACAACAGCACCAACAAAAGCCAUCACUUAAGAUUAGUGUUUCGAAACCAAAGACGCCAAUAAAGCAAGAAGUACAUCAGCAGCAGCAGAAGCAGCUUGCCGGGCAACUGCAACAGCAACAGCAACCACCAAAGCCUAUUGUAGGAGCAGCACCCCAGCAAAAAGUAACCAUCAGUCAGCUGCAGCCAACGCAGAAGGUUAUGGUUGGUCAGUUCGCACAGCAGCAACUGCAAGCGCAGCAGCAUAAGAUGCUAAGCGGUAAACUCCAACAGAUACAGCCGCAAAAAAUUCUUGCGGGGCAACUUCAGCAGCCUCAGCAGCCGAAACUUCAGGCCGGACAAAUUCAACCAAUAAAAAAAAUCACAGAACUCCAUGGGGCGACGCUCAAGUCGCCAAUAAUGCCACAGAAGCAGAAGCAAAAAACACAAAAGUCACCUAUUGUACAACUGCAACAGCAGCCCAAACAGCAGCAGCAACAGAAAGUAUCUAUUGGACAAUCACCACAGCAACAAAGAGUAUCCUUGGGACAAAUUCCACCCCAACAGCAGCAGCAGCAGCAGGUCUCACAGCCAACGAGAGUAUCCCUCGGACCAGUUGCACAACACCAGCCAAAUCCAUUCCUAGAUCCAAUCCAGCAACAGUCUUUGGUGCAAUUACAAAGUCAGCAGAUGCGAGCCUCCAUUGGACAGCUUCAAAUGCAACAAAUGCAGCAAAAGGCUAACCAGCAGAACCCACAGCAGGUACUGAUGGCCCAGCAGCAGCAGCAGCAGGCGGCAAAAGGAAAUCAAGGUCUACUGCAGCAGAUUCCGCAGCAGCCGAAGAGCUUGACGGUGGGUCAGCUACUGCCACAGAAGAACUUGAAGGUCCAGCAGCAGAACAAGACUGUGAUAGGUCAGCAGACUCCUGGACAGCCGCAAGUGGCUUCGAAAUCAGUCAACCCGUCCAUAAAUCAAAUAACCCACAAGUCAAUGACGAUACAAAAGCUGCCCACGCUGCAGAAGUCACCCACGGUGACCAAGGUGCCACCCAAGCAAUUGGUUCAACCCCAGAUGCUGCAGCCUACUAGUCCCUUACAGAAGCAGAUGCCACUUACAGUUAAUCCUUUGCAGAAGCAGCCACCACUGACUGCUAAUCCCUUACAGAAACAGUUGCCACAGCCCGCUAGUCCUCUAAGGAAGCAGUUACCACAGCCAGCUCAUUCUCUGCAGAAUCAGUUGCCCCAGCCAGCCCAUUCUCUGCAGAAGCCACCAGCACAGCCCGCUAAUCUCUCCAAGAAGCAAUCACCAAAGGCUGCCAAUCUUUUACAGAAGCAAUCACCACAACCCGCUCAUCUUGCCCAGAUGCAGAUUACGCCCAUGGGCAUUCCAACGCCUCCGCCACCCCAGAAGAACAGUGGGCCAAUAGUCAGGCCACCCGCCACGGUGGCCAAGAUCUCGCCCGUGUCGCCCGGCAACCGACCCAUCUACCCAAUACAGGCCCAGAUGCCGAGUGCAGUUAAUCCCUUAAUGAGUCCCUUCAUGAGUGCGGCACGUACCUUGCCUUUCCGAAGCACCCCACAAAAUGCUGCACCAACGCCCCUGACAUCAGCUCAGCUUCAGGGAUUUACGGUGGCGAGUGCCACGCCCCCGCAGCGGUUGCUGGCCACACCCCCGCACUGUGCGGCAGCCCUCAAUGAGCCGCUGCUGCUAAAUCUGCCGCCAACCACCAGCAUUACGCCACAGCUGACGCCCACAACGACACCUCCGCCGGCGGCGAUUCCCCUGUCAGUGCAGCAACAGCACCUGGCCAAGGCGGCGGCGUUCAAGCUGAAUUCACUGCCGGGAGCGAGCAUAUCUUCGGUACCGAUACCAUCACCGAAGCCUUCAGCGAAACGCAUCCAGCCGAUUACUGUUCUCAAGAAGUCCGACGAGGAGUGGCGGCGGCAUCUUCUCGAGCAGCAGCAGCAACAAAAGCAGAAGGAACCCACCGGGGCCACGCCGACGAUUGUUCUGGUGGAAUCGCCGCCCACCACACCGCCCACGGAGAAGCUGGAAGCUCAGAGCAAUGGAAAUUCCACAGCAACCAUCCAGCCGACAAUCCAACCUAGUCCUAGAGAUAAAAGUCGAAAGCUCAAGUCACCAGAUGUCACGGAAGUGGUGGACUUGGUUGAGCUGCCGGAAACACCGCCACGCAAGAAGAAAAUGCUGGAAAAGCCAACGGAAAAAUCACCUCCAGCUAGGGCGCCCUUCAACCCCGAGUAUGCGGCAUUCCUGAAGCUCUGUCUCGAGGUGGACAAAAGUAGUGAUAUGGAGCGCCUGGUGCAGGGAAAUCUGACCAAGUACUACUACAGUGUGAACGAGAGCUUUCUCCAAUCACGCGGUUUCCACAAGUUACUGGAGGUGGCCUCGCUGCGGAUCAAGAACGAGUCAGAUCUGGUCUACGUCCACAUAAAGAACGUGGUGGAUGAAAUGAAGGCGAGGCGACUGCCGAAGGUGAAGGCACGGAAGCCAUCUAGAGAAGUGUCGGCGCCAAAGGCAAGCACUCCGGUGGCAAAGGAAACCACGACGCACUCUCGAUGUGGCGAGAAGCAAACGGAGAACCAUAUGGCAGAACAAGAGCCGGCGCAGGAGCAGCAAGAGGAGGAGAACGACGAACCUGAGCCAGUUUCUCCCACAGGGGAUUUACGGCGCGACGAGCGUAUUCGCAAAUUAAACCGCACUCUGUAUACCAUUACGAAGCGGAUCAAGAUGCUGGAGGAGGCGGAUGUUGAUUUUAAUGACGAGGACUCUAGCUAUCUACAGGUGGAGCGUUUCAAGAAACGCGCCUGCCAAAUUUAUGAAAAAAUCUGUGAUCUAACCGGCGAAAGCAAGAGCGCCCAUCGCCACCUGAAGCAACCUAUCGUUUUUAAGGAUACUCCCUAUGAAGAAUUUAAUCGUACUUUGUCUGCUUUUGUCAAUCGGAUGAAAGAGUUCCCCGACUACCAUGACGUCCUCCAACUGUUGGAACAUUGCAACAAGGAAAAGGAACUGGGUCUAGCCAAAUUCGAGAUGAAACGAAUAGCUUACGAUGCCUUUAACAAAGUGGGUCAUCUCCUGCAGUCGCGGCGCAAAACUGAUCUCUAUGAGACCGUUACUCAUUUCACCUCCAACGGCAAGGAUCCGGCUGCCAGUGAUCCGGAGCUCUUGGCCAAGCUUAAGGAAAACAACAAGAAGCAGAAAAAAAUAAGUGAUGUCCUAGAAAAGUAUGCCCGAGAGCAAGACUUAAAUGCCGAGGAGCGACAAGAGGCACGGCUCAAGGAGAAGCUGCUUAAGCAAAAGAUUGCUGAGGAGGCGGCCGCCAAGUUGGCUGCUAUGGCCGAGGACGACGACAAGCCAUGUACCAGUGCCCAGGCAGCGGCUAAAGCGGCUGCUGCCGCCGCGUUACGAAAGGAAUCCGAGGGGAUAAUUCUCAAGGAUGAGAAACCUGGCGAAGCCAACGUAAAAGAAGACGAGGAUGGGGAUGAAUCGGAAGAGGAGUCUGAAUCGGAAGAUGAGGAUGUUGACGAGUUCGUGGACAACUUCAAGGUCAAUGGCGAAGUGAGCGAUGCCGAGUCUGAAGCGGAUGAAGAUGCUGACGUGGCAGAGGCAGAUGCUGUUGGGGAUGAAGGUGAUGCUGCAGAAGAAGGCGAUGUUUUAGCUAAAGAUGCAGCAGUUGACCCCGAUGCAGCUGUGGUUUCAGAAACAGGAGAUGCAUCUUCUGCAAAAGAAGCAUCAAAGACAGAUGCCGAUGUGAUAGACAUAACGAGAUGUGAGACUGAAGCUAAGGACGGCCAAUCCCCGCCCAACGGCAAGCUAAAAAUCAUGUCUGUCACCAGUCUGAACGCCAGCGUUGUCCACGAACAGAACUUGACAGCCAAACCAAGUGCAAAGCCAGCGAUGGACGCAGAGAUUGUUAUUUCGGACGAGGAGCUGUAAACGGUGGCGGCGCAUCAGCAGGCCGGCCUGCAAACCCUAGUUGAGUUAUUUAUUCAAUUUUGUUUAUUCUUAUAACUUUUAAAAGCAAAGAUAUUCCUUUGUUUAUUGUUUUUCAAAUGUUUCUAAAUUGUCUUUGCUGGCAAACUGUUUCACUGUUCUUGGGAAGAUGAGAAAAUAAUAAGCACCAAGAAUAAGCAGUACAAAAUACAUAACCAAUUUAUAAACCAUUUAACUUUAACAUCUACCAUAUACUAUUAUAAUUUAUACAAAUUGUUGUGAUGAGGACAAAACGAAGAUUUAUUUUGUAGAUUUUGUUUUCCUGUAUAAUUUAUAAAUUGAGUUUAGUCGCCAAGAAUUUUAUUUACUUCUCUUAGUCAUCAGUUUACUUUAACGAAGAGUCCGGUAUUAAUUAGAAAGUGUAUAUAUGAAAUACUACUAAACUAAGUUCAUUUUAUAAAAAACAAAAAAAAAUCAAAAAACAAACAAAACAAAAAAGAAACAAAGAAAUAACU